AUGAGUAAAGCUAUUCCUGUUGUGGACGUGGAAGACGAUGAUUUUCUAUCUCAAGUAGCUGCAAUGGAAGCCGACGCUCUAUCCACGAAACGUCGUAAAACCACCACCUCCACCACCAGAGCCACCAUCAACUCCGAAACCAACGAAGACAAGGGACACGAGGGAGCAUAUACAGCAGCUCUCAAAGGAAGCAAAAGCUUUGUAUCUCAGCAACAACCCUUCAAUUAUUUCCCCAGUUACGGAGUAAAGUCGUUCGGUAGUGUUGAAUCUGCUGCUGCCGCCGGUGGUGGUGGUGGUGGAGGAGGAGGUUCGUGCUUUAAAUGUGGAAAAUCGGGGCACUGGUCUCGGGAUUGUAGUGAGAACUCGUAUGGGGGCGGUGGUGGUGAUUCUUCCGUUCCUGAGAAGGCGUGUCCCUGUGGGUUAGGGGCUUGUAAUGUACUCACUGCCAAUACUGAGAAGAAUCGCGGUCGCAAGUUCUACAAAUGUCCUCUCAGAGAGGAAAACGGAGGUUGUGGUUUUUUUGAGUGGUGUGACAAAUCUUCUGCAACUGAUACUAUGAUUGGCAAAUCGCAAAUUUAUACAUCAAAUCCUUCAGUCCCAGAACUUUCAUGUCCAUGUGGUGCUGGUUCUUGCCUUAUUCUGACGGCCAAAACAGGGAAAAAUAUUGGCCAACAAUUCUACCGCUGUCCCGCAGGCCAGGUAUUGUUUGCCUAUAAUUUGAUACCCAGUCCUUAUGAAUCCCGUCAUUUAGUUUGAAUUUGAGAUAGUUAUUACAAAGAAUUUUAUGAAUACUAACAAACAUGGUUCUCUUGUUGAGUUUAUGUCUCCAAUGGCAUAAAAUAUGUGACUUAUCUUGUGCCUUGCGUGCUAUGUGCUUUACACUGACUGGAGUGCACUUCAGGGAAUAGAAUAUUUUGGAUUCUACCUUCCUUGUUAACUGUUGACUUGUUUAGUCACAUUCGUAUUGUUGAAUGAUAUGGUGAGAUCUUUGUCAAGUUGAAGCAUUAAAGUGCCCUUAAAUGUUUUUUUCAUUUUGGUGCCGGUGGUAUUAUAAAGGUUUCGGUGCCCCUAUCGAUUUCCUUAGAUAACAACUAGUUGGUGUGUGGAACAUGGAUCCUUGUUGUAUAGGUAGCUUUAUGUAGGAAGAUAUUCUUAAAAUUAUGUUCUUCUUUGCAACCACAAUUCAUGUAAAUAAAUGGCCACAUAGUUCAACGUUCUUGAUUACCUAUAGUGGUGGGAGGCUAUGUUACUCGGACG